UUCUUUCUGAGGACUCUGUGUAUAAAAUGAAGGAGUUUAUUGUAACCGGUGUACACUCUGUAGACAGAGUUCCUUUACUGGACUCCUGUACUCACACUUGAGUCAGUCCAAUGUUUUAACACCGCGCGCACGGAGACGUCGCUGCCGGGGGUUCCUGUCACUUUCAAGCCGAAAAGCUUUCAUCCAGACGCCGGGGGGUUCGGAAGCAGCAGAACCAUGGCUGAAGGGUCAGACCAGCGAGCCCUGCAGUAUGAACAAACUCUGAUGUAUGGGCGGUACACCCAGGAACUUGGGGUGUACGCUAAGGAAGAGGCUGCUCGCCUGAGGGAAAGUGGUCAGAGGCGAUCAUUCAGUGGACAAAGCCGGACCUUGGACCUGCUGGAGUACAAGGGACGCUGUGCUAAAUGCCGCAUCUGCACGGUUCGCUGUCAGAAGUUCCUCAUCUCACGAGUUGGAGAAGACUGGAUCUUCCUCAUCCUUCUGGGACUCCUCAUGGCCCUUGUGAGCUGGGUGGUAGAUUUUUGUAUCGCCAUCUGCCUACAAGCACAAAAGUGGAUGUAUGGGGGUCUGGACAGCAACGUGUUCCUGCAGUAUCUGGCCUGGGUCACCUACCCUGUAGUCCUGAUCACCUUUUCUGCUGGCUUCACCCAGAUCCUCGCCCCACAGGCUGUUGGCUCUGGUAUUCCAGAAAUGAAGACAAUCCUGCGAGGAGUGGUACUGAAGGAAUACCUCACCUUUAAAACCUUUGUGGCCAAAGUCAUUGGCCUUACCUGUGCUCUGGGCAGUGGCAUGCCUCUGGGCAAAGAGGGUCCUUUUGUCCACAUCGCCAGUCUUUGCGCUGCUCUCCUCAGCAGGUUCAUGUCUCUGUUUGGAGGAAUCUAUGAGAAUGAGUCAAGGAAUAUCGAGAUGCUGGCAGCUGCCUGUGCUGUGGGAGUGGGCUGCUGUUUUGCUGCUCCAAUUGGAGGAGUGUUGUUUAGCAUCGAAGUAACAUCUACGUUCUUUGCUGUGAGGAACUACUGGAGAGGUUUCUUUGCAGCUACCUUCAGUGCCUUUAUCUUCAGAGUGCUGGCAGUUUGGAACAGAGACGAAGAGACCAUCACAGCACUUUUUAAAACCCGUUUCCGCCUCGACUUUCCCUUUGACCUCCAGGAGCUUCCUGCCUUUGCUGUAAUAGGUAUUGCCAGUGGAUUUGGUGGGGCUUUGUUUGUCUACCUGAACCGACUGAUAGUCCAGUUCAUAAGAAAACAGAAGACCAUCAAUAAAUUCCUCAUGAAAAAACGCCUGCUGUAUCCAGCUCUGGUCACUUUACUCAUUUCAACACUUACAUUUCCCCCUGGCUUUGGACAGUUUAUGGCUGGAAAGCUGACCCAGAAGGAGUCUUUAGUGACGCUACUGGACAACCGAACGUGGGCCAAACAGGGCAUCGCUGAGGAGUUUGAUUAUAUUGGAAGUGCUCAAGCCUGGAAACACCCAGAAGUCAACGUCUUCGUCACGCUGGUCCUCUUCAUUGUCAUGAAGUUCUGGAUGUCUGCCCUGGCCACCACCAUCCCAGUACCAUGUGGAGCCUUCAUGCCUGUCUUUGUCAUUGGGGCAGCCUUUGGUCGUCUUGUUGGAGAAAGCAUGGCUGCCUGGUUCCCAGACGGUAUUCACUCUGAUGGAUCCAUCUACCCCAUAGUGCCUGGAGGCUACGCUGUUGUGGGUGCCGCAGCCUUGUCAGGAGCAGUGACCCACACUGUUUCAACUGCAGUCAUUGUGUUUGAGCUGACUGGCCAGAUAUCCCACAUCCUGCCGGUGAUGAUAGCCGUGAUCCUGGCCAAUGCUGUGGCUCAGUCCUUGCAGCCCUCACUCUAUGACUCCAUCAUCAGGAUCAAGAAGCUACCCUACCUCCCAGAGCUGGGCUGGGGUCACCAUGAAAAGUAUAACAUUCGUGUGGAAGACAUUAUGGUGCGAGAUGUAAGGUACAUCACUCUCAACUGCUGCUAUCGAGAUCUUCACAACGUCCUGACAUCAGGCCACCUCAAGACUCUGGCUCUUGUGGAAUCAGCUGAGUCGAUGAUCCUGUUGGGCUCCAUCGAGCGUGCCCAGCUCCAAUCCCUGCUCUCCCAGCAGCUCAGUCGCAGCAGACGGCUGGAAUACAUCAAAGAGCGAGCUGCUGCCGAGAAAAAACGCCUGUCCGUGGUGUCCAACAGUGACAGUGAUGAUGGACGGCAGCGGGCCAGUCAGGAGGUCCGCUUUCAGAUCUCUACUGAGGAGUCCUCCUUCAGUCCAACUCGUCCAUCUGUCCAGAAGCCCCUUAAACCUGCACUGAAAAGACCCUUUGUUGUAGAGAGACCCACAGAACUACCCACCAGUCCACAUGAUCGUUCGAACAUUGCACUGAAGAACCUGUUCUGCAGCAGUCCAGACAUAGAAGCCCUUGAGGAUGACGAUGAUGUGGAAGAUGACAUGACUCUUAGAGAGAUAACAGAAUGGGAGGAGAAGCAGCUUGAUGAGCAAGUCGACUUCAACACCUGCAAGAUAGACCCCGCCCCCUUCCAGCUGGUGGAGCGCACAUCGCUGCACAAGACUCACACCAUUUUCUCCCUGCUGGGUCUUGAUCAUGCCUACGUCACCAGCAUCGGCCGCCUUAUUGGGGUGGUUUCCCUCAAGGAACUCCGGAAGGCCAUUGAGGGCUCAGUGACGGUGAAAGGCGUGAAGGUGCGUCCACCUCUGGCGAGUUUCAGGGACAGCGGCACCAGCAGCAGUGAGACUGAGGCCACUGAGCUCCACAAGCUGUGGGACCGUCACAAGAGUGUGUCACUGCCUGGUGAUCACACCCUGUCAGAGUCCGAUGAAAAGUCUCAGUGAGAGGCAGUGGGGAAUACAGAUCAUGGGGUAAGAGCUGGUGGAGGUCACAUUAAGGUGUUAAAGCUCCAAAGCCACAAACAUGCAUAACUCCUCAGGGCAAAGGAUUCGUAUUUAUUUGUGGAAAGUGGUCUACUGCUACACAAGCCUCUUCACCUCACCUCAGCUGGUCCUCUGCUUCCUCCAACACCACCUGUAUGUCUUCAUGACCCACUUAGUGCUUUCUCCAGGAGCCUUGCACUAACCCAGCCUUGUUCUCCGUUUAGCCUUGGGGUCCCACAAAAGAACAAACCGUUCAAGUCCUAAGCUGGUACUGGAUAUUAUUUUUAAAAAAGGGAUGUUUUUCCUUCUGUAUACUUUGAGUUCAAAUUGAGCAUUGAAUCUGCAAAAUGUAUGUUUUGAGCACGUCUUCCACUUCAGUAAUGAAACUCCCCAGUGACGACAGGGAAGAAUACUGUAAUGUAUGUAUGUGUUUAUGUGCGAAUGUAUGAAACGAGAAAAUGAGUGAGAGUAACUUUAUCUUAAAGGUUUUUUUUAAUGUCUUCAGAACACAAUCAGUGUUUUUUUUUUCCUUUGGUAUGAACAAAUCCAGUCUGAGCUGGACGGUCACUUCAGUUCAUCACUAACAAACAAAGACCCGAUAAGAACAAAUGUCUAAUUAUUGUGUUUCCUCUGUCUACCAACUCUUUGCCUCUGCACACUUGUGCAUUCAAGGCAAGACCUUAAUGGUUAUGUUGAGAGUGCAGCGCAUUGAGUGCAGCGUCUGAGGCACCUAUUGUUGUUUUUUUUAUAACAUGCACUCCUCUUGUUCUGUAGCUACAGCCUUGCGUAAUGUGAGGCAGAUGUAAAGAAAUGCAUAAUUAGCUGCUUAAGGUAUCAUCAGCCUGCUUUUAAUCACAAUUCCAGCCAAUAUUCAUCACCUUAUUUCAGACACACUGCCCAGAAGGAUGCGGUUAAGGCAGUGUCUCACUAGACUAGUUGGCGACUCAGGCAAAGUUCCAGUUUUGAGUGUUCACAACAAAGUCACCAGCAACCCACCUGGUCAUAUUUUCUUUAAACAGACCUUUAAAAUCAGAGUAUUUUCCUGUGUAUGACUUGCAAAACUGUAUCCAGGCCCUUGCACUUUACUGUAUGUUGUUGGUCACAUUGCACCCUCAGCAAUCAUCCCAAUUUAAAUCCUUAUUUAUCUGUGUAGUUUUUAGAUUAGGAUGUGUUUUUUUUUUAUUUUUUAAUUUUGUCAGGGGAGAGGUCAAAGUACAACUCUAUUUUGAAUUAGAAUUUGUCACAUUUUUUUUGUUUUGUUUUGAAUAAGCUAACUUAACUAAAGAACCACUGAGAACAAUUGUAAAUUUAAUAAAGGGAAUCUAUAACAGACUGAUUGAAAUAUUUUUAGAGAAAGUUUAAUUAGACAAAAUCCAGAAAGUUUAUCUGCUUUACUGACAAUAAAUCCUCAGCCUGAGGCUUUAAUACUUAGCACAGUUUUUUUUACAAUAUGUUGUAUUUAAUAAUUCACGUCUUCCAUAACACCUUGGGCUGGCUUGUCAGCGCUUACAGUCAGUUACAGUUGACAGAAAAACAUGGAUUUUUUUUUCUUCCACCUCUUUACUUUUCCUGACCAUUUUAUCCUUCUAACUUGGUCGCGUUGUUUCAUGUAUUCUAGGACCAGUUCAGAAUUCAUUGCUCCAGUUUUGAUGCCUUCACUCCCAACUUUGUUGCCGUGUGCAAUAGUUUUAGUGGGUUUGACGUUGCUGAAAGGCGUCUUUUCAAAGUAUUGCAGACUCUUUCAUUGAAGUGUAGGGUUGUGUAGGGUGAACCCUACAGAAGCAGCAUGACUUUGCAUGUCACAUUUAUUUUCUCUGACCAAAAUGUACCAAACAAAGUUGAAUACAUGGGAAUGAUGCUGUAGGUUUACCAUGUUGUGCCUGUAUUUUUUUUCUGGUACUCUGCAGCAUUUUCCAUUUAUCUGAUUAGUUUUAUUCAUUGCCUGAUUUUUAAACUGGGUAUGUGAUGUUUUAGUGGAGAAAUUUAAUAUAUUUAAAAUCAUUCCUGUUAUAUAAAACCCUGAUUUAAUGUCUUAACCAAUCCUUACUUGUCGACUGUUCUCUUUCUUUUUUAAGAGAAUUGAACGUGUUUUAUGUUUGUUGUAUAUUUUGUCACAUUUUGAUGAUUUAAAAGUUGAUUGUCAUGAUCAUUAAUAUUUUUUUUUUUCAUUUUUAGGAUUAUUACAUGUAUUUGUAAAGUGCACAUGCCACUAAUAAUGUUAGUCUGAUGGUUAAACAGAAGAAUCGUGACUGUGAAGUUAAUUUUGAAAACUUCUUCUCGUUCAUUCCACAAGUGCCGCCUCUUUUCUUAGUGGGGAAAAAGCAAUUGACACCAGAGUGUCUGGAGCUGGUUUUCUCCUCGUACACAUGCAGACAAGGCACUUUUUCCUCACUAAAAUGGAGACUUGAUGUUUCACAGCAGUGUGCCAUUGUCACCAUGGAAACUCCAGUGUCUGCUCACCCCGGGGACUGACUGCGAUCUACUGAUUUGUUCAUUUGUUUGUGCUUCUUAUUGAUUUUCACUAUCGUGCCAGAUCCUUUUUACACUGCUGCAGAUGUUUCGUCUCAUUUUCUUUCAGGCAGGCGUGGAGUGAAGUAGCUGUGUCUUCAUCAGUCUGAAAUAAUCAAACUGGAACUUGUAUUUUUUUUCUUGUAUUUUGAUGAUUUGCCUGUGGGUAAUCAGUUUGUGCAAUAACAGUUGAUCAUCUCAUUUUGUAACCCUGUUUUAACUGAUGACAUGAAUGAAAGAUAAUCUUAUUUUUGUAAAGAAACCUGAGAAGAGUAAAAUAGUUUUCUGAGAUCCA